GCCGUGGGGCGGAGGCCUGCAAUCCCAAACUGGAUCCAACGUCUAAGAGCAGACGAAGCCCCAAGGCCCAGGUGGCUGAACUGUGCAGAGCUUGGACUGAGCUAUGCAUACGCGAAAGCAGAGCCUGGACCCGCAACCAGCAACUUCUGUGGGACGUUUCCAGACUGGAAGCCCAGCUGGCUGGUUUGUCUGCCAAGACAGAUGCUCUGAGGAGGAGGAAGAGGGACUAUGAAGAAUUCCUUGAGCAUCUGAGGAGAGACCCACAAAGGCAACAAAGUGCUGGUAUGCGGCAGUUUCACAGGGCCGGCUGGGGCCACCUCAGAUGGGUUUGGGAGAUACCGCAGCCGAGGUGAAUUCCAGGCACUGGGUGGCUGAAAGGACCUCAAAGGCGUUGCCAAGGCAACCAGGGAUGAAGGCGAAGCACGGGGAUGCUGUGAUACUAAAUGAGGAAUGUGCCGAGAUGUCCUGGGAGAGAUUCCCUGUGCUGUUGAAAGAGGAGGCGAUUCCAUUCAUUCAGAGGUCUAGGGCGGUUAUGGGGCAGGAGAGAACAGCUUCCGGGGAAGAACAGGAUGAUGGAGAACCCAUAGAAAAGGAGGAACGGAUGGGGAAAGGGGGUGGUGGGGAGGAGGAAGAGGAGGAGGAGGGGGAGAGAGGAGUGGGGAAUCCCGAUCUGGGACCGGAGGAAACUGCUGUGGGGCAUCCACCAUGGCAAAAUGGACCUGGAGAAAUGGGGCUGGGAGAAGGGGAUGAGGGCCUGGGAUUGGGGCAAAGCAGGGAGGAGGAUGGGGAAAAUAUGGCCGAAGCAGGCAAGAUUGUGGAUGGGGAGGAUGUGCAAGACAGCUUGGAGUGCAGCAGCCAGGAGAGUUGGGAAGGGGGUGACGUGGAAGGAGAGGAGGUGAACUCUGGGGCAGGGGCAGGGGCAGAGGAGGGAGGCCGUGCAGAAGAGGAGAAGGAAGGCCUGGAGCCUGAGGGGCAGCAGUGGGGAGGAACUCGUGAAAAUGAGGGAGAACAGCCAGGUGGGGCGGAGGACGGAGACCCAAAUGGAGGCGGUGGUGACGACGACGACAACAACAAGAAGAAGGGCUUAGAGAACCAGGAAGGAGAUGCAGCUAGCACCAGUCCCGACUCCUCCGUGCAGGUCUGUUUGGGACCCAGGAGGGCCCACGGCGCCACUGAGCAGGGUGGCAGUGGGAGCCCCCAGACCUCCAGUCUAAGGCAAGAGAGCCUCCUGGCAGCAAAACAGACCCAGGCCGAACCUGUUUGUGGAGGAGAAGAGGAGGAAGAAGAAGAGGAGGAGGAGGAGGAAGAGGAUUGUGAAGCUGAUAUGGACAUCGAAGCCGCCUUAACUCCUCACUCCAAUAAACCAGAAUCAAGGGAUCUGAAGAGCCAAGCGGUGGUCCGAAGCUUCCCAGACCUCUGGGCUGGCCCCGUGGGGACAAGCCAAGACGAUGAACCGGAGUAUGCGCCAGAUGAUUUUUACGACUGAAGAGGAGGAGGGCAGGAACAAGAGGGGUAGAAAACAACCGAGCCAUUUGCAGCAGUGGGGAAAGGGCUGGUUGGCGGAGUCCGAGCUUCUGCUGCCGCCUGACGUUAAAGGCCAACAAAGGAGAGUGGAAGGGCUUUAGGGGUUGGAGCCAGAGGUGUAGGGUCCAUUGCAGCAGGACUUCGCAUUGCCGGGACCUCUCUCUGGGACAGCUUGCCCCCGCCGCAGCGAACACACUGCCAUUUUUUGGAGCCAUUUUCCUAGGUCCAAAGCCAGACCAUAUGCCUCUAAAUUGACAGGCGGGGGCAGAGUUUUCAGGCCCGGAGCCUCUGAUCCUCCUGCAAUCCUGGGCAAAAAUCAGGGCAGAGUUAUUCCAGGGCUAGCAGCAACCCCAUGGCAGAGGAGCACCAAGGUGAUUUUUGACUCUGGCUGGACCUCAAGACCAUUGGAAAGUUAAGCAUCAUUUUUUAACACGUAGGUUCUUGAGGGCACAAACCACACCGCCCAGGACAGACGGAAGAGGAUGGGGGGGGCAGGGGGUGUGGAGGCUCUGGAUUUUGGCCCCAAAGUCCAGGGGUAAGAGCGCCUCUGCCCCUGCCGUGCCGUCACACAGGCCUCGGACUUGGCAGUGCCCUAAUGCUCUGAGAACUUGACUGGGAACGGAAUGAUCUGCUCUUAAUCAUGGCCACUGAGACGGUCAAAAAUGCAAUAUUUUUUGGAGUUUCUGCCAGGAAGGAAUAAAUCCCAUCUGCCCUUCA